AUGUCUGCGGAAACAACUGACUCUAAAGUUGAAACUCCUUUGGAGGAUACCCCUAUGACUGGAGCUGAGGAAACUCCUAAUCAAGCAACGGCUGAGGGUGCUGAGUCGGAGAAACCUGCUGAGAACGAUAAAUCAGCUGAAGCUGAGCCAGUUGAUCUUGAAAAAUUGCAGGCCACUUUUCAAGAGACUGCCAAAAACUACCUCAUUGAGCAGUCGAGACAUGUUAUCAUCCCAUCUUUCUCAAAAUGGUUUGAUAUGAAUACCGUACACCUGAUAGAAAAAAAACUGUUUCCAGACUUCUUCCCAGCGAAAAAUGAAGAGACCGUGUCUUCUUACAAAACUCCAGAGUCUUACAAGAACAUGAGAGACUUCAUGAUCAACUCUUACAGAAUUAAUCCAAUAGAAUAUCUCACGGUGACCGCGGUUCGUCGUAACUUGGCAGGUGAUGUGGCUAGCAUAAUCCGCAUCCAUCGCUUCUUGGAGAAGUGGGGACUUAUCAACUACCAAAUAGAUCCAAGAACUAAACCGACGCUCGUGGGCCCUCAGUACACUGGUCAUUUCCAAAUUACGUUGGACACGCCACAAGGUCUAGUUCCUUUUGUCCCCGAGUCUACCAAGGUCAAGCACUCAAAGCGCUCCUCCAUUGACAACACGACUAAAGACCUGCUGUCAUUUGCUCAUGAAUCCAAUGGUCAAACAAAGCCUGUGAAGGAAGAAGACGAGGAGAUUGAAGGCUCCAUUCCGCUCAAUUUAGAAGUUACGCGGAACAUCUUUGAUGAAUCCACCAACUCUAAAGCACCAAAUUCUGUUCUGUACUUCUGCAAUGAAACUUCUAAUGACAUCAGCAAGAUAAGAUAUCAUAAUCUUAAGAGCAAGGCUCUGUCGAGUGGAACAUUGGGCCCGCUGGUCAUCAGCAAGGACGUGUUUGAGCAGGGACUAUUCCCAUCAAACUUCACUUCUUCUGACUUUGUCAAGUUGGAGCAGAGCUUCAAGCAAAAAGAAUGGACAGAGCAGGAAGUCCUUCUCCUUUUGGAAGGUAUCGAGAUGUACGCGACGACCGACAUCAACAACCAAACCCUAUUUCUCAACAACAAUGGCCAGUGGGAUAAGAUCGCUGAGCAUGUUGGAUCGAAAUCUCGUGAAGAAUGUCUAAUUAAGUUCUUGCAACUACCAAUUGAAGAGAGAUAUUUAAACAAAAUCAUCGAGUCAGGUCAGCCGCAAGAGCCAAAGCAAGCUGGCUUUGAUAAAGAGACGAUUAUUCAAGAUGUUGUGAAGAAGUUGAUUGAGACAAAUGAAGGCAAGCAACUUCUACUGGAAAAUGCCAAGAAGAACGUGGAACAAACUGUUCUUGAUCAAACAAACUUGAUUAACCAAGUGAUUGAGCUCACAUUGGAGAAGUUUGAUGCGAAGAUGAAGUUGAUAAGCCAUUUAGAAGCUGACCUUAUAAAGACUGAGAACCUUCUCAACUUACAAAGAAAACAGGCACUCAUCGAAAGGUGGUUGAACUUUGAAAAGGUCAGCAAAUUCAAAAAACAGAACCAAAACCCAGAGUUGGAGCCAUUAUUGAAUGACUUAUUAACACCUAUCAAUAUCAACGAGAUAAACAAGAAUUUCAACAAAAUCAACUUAGAUCAAACUGAAGAACAAAAGAUGGAUGUCGAUAAGGAGAAACAGAAUGAAGAAUAUGCUUUUCCAAUAAGCGUAACGCAGCCCAAGGCAUACCAAUUUUGGUCGGCUUGA